AUGACUCAUAAUGCAGGCAUUGUCAGCAAGGGCUACCAUGCGCUGCAUGAUCCCCACCUCAAUACGGCUGCGAGGUACCUGGGUGAGGUCCCCAGCAUGCCUGAGGGAGCAGAUGGCCUAGAGACGAUCAAUGUGAUGGACGCCGUGUGCAAGGUCUUCUGCGUCCACACGGAGCCGGACAUGAGCCUGCCCUGGCAGCGCAAGCGCCAAUAUUCCAGCACCAGCAGCGGCUUUGUGAUCGCGUUGGAGGGCGACCGCUUCGGCGGCAAGUACCUGCUGACCAAUGCGCACUCCGUGGAAAACCACUCCCAGGCAAGGUUUGGGGGGGGAGGGGGUGAAACGGAGAGACGGCAUGUCAAGGUCAAGCGGCGCGACGACGACAGCAAGUUCCUGGCCAAGGUCCUGGCCAUCGGCACUGAGUGCGACAUCGCGCUGCUCACAGUGGAGGACCCGGAAUUCUGGAAGGAUGUGGAGCCGGUGGUGCUGGGGCCGUUGCCCCAGCUCCAGGACUCGGUCUUUGUCGUGGGAUACCCUGUGGGUGGAGACACUAUCUCGGUGACCUCGGGAGUGGUGUCCCGGAUCGAGGUCACCUCGUAUGCGCAUGGCGCCACCGAGCUCCUGGGCGUGCAGAUUGACGCCGCCAUCAACAGCGGCAACAGUGGGGGCCCGGUCUUCAACGAGGCGGGCGAGUGCGUGGGCGUGGCCUUCCAGUCCUACGCCGGCAGCGAGGCGGAGAACAUUGGCUACGUGAUCCCCACCCCAGUGAUCCACCACUUCCUGGUGGACUACCAACGAAAUGGCACCUUCACCGGCUUUCCGGCCCUGGGCAUCCAGUGGCAGCGCAUGGAGUCUGCGACGCUCAGGCACUCCCACGGCAUGGCCCCUGGACAGAAGGGGGUGUUGGUGCGGGAGGUGCUGCCCCUCAGCGAGGCUGCCGGCGUGCUGCAGCCGGGGGACGUGCUGAUGCAGUUUGACCAGACACAGAUUGCCAACGACGGCACGGUGGGGUUCCGGAGCAACGAGCGCAUCGCUUACAGCUUCCUCACGUCCCAGAAGUUCACUGGUGACGUGGCAUCCCUGCGGGUGUUGAGAGAGGGCAAGGAGCUGGACCUCUGCAUCAAGCUGAUGAGGCCCGACUUCCUCGUGCCUCACCACCUCUUCAACAAGGAUCCAUCCUACUUUGUCGUGGCGGGGCUGGUGUUCACCAAUCUCACAGAGCCGUACCUGGCAUCCGAGUUUGGGCCCGACUACCUGCGGGAAGCCCCCGUCAAACUCCUGGACCGGCUGCUGUACACUCACAAGGAUCGACCAGGGCAGCAAGUCGUCAUGCUGAACCAGGUUCUGGCAUGCGAGGCUACCAUCGGAUAUGAGGACAUCUCCAACUCCCAGGUGGCCAAGUUCAAUGAUGUGAAGGUGAACAGCUUGCAGCAUCUGGUAGAGCUGGUGCAGGAGAACAGGGAGCCCUUCAUGCGCUUCAACCUGGAGAGCAAGGAGGUCUUGGUGCUGGAUGCAUCCCUGGCUCAGGCUUGCACAGAGGAGAUGCAAGUAUUCCACUCCAUCCCCCAUGCGCUGAGCAAGGACUUGAGGGAGGCCCUGGGGAUCCCAGUGGUUGCAGCCCAGGCAGCGUGA